CCCCCGGCUCAUGGUCGUCGCCUCUUCCAGGGAUGCGGGCGCCACCUUCACCUUUCCAACUCAGCCCCGCUGGCCACCACCUCCCUCCCAACAGUUCCAAAGCCGUCGCUUCCAGUGGAGCCGCAGCCACCGACAAGGCAAGGUGGCCACCAUGUCGCCGAAAUUAGUGGUGAGAAUGGGGUCCCUGGACCUCCAAUCGCGUCUUCCAGUAUUUGUUCCCUCUGAUUUGGUGCACAGUGAGCUGGAGACGAACCCUAGCUCCAUGGCUAGCCGGCAUGGACCUCGCCGUCGCCUCCUCCCCUUGCCGCUCGUCGAGGGUGGGGUUCCUCUACCUUGCUACUCCGGUGGUGCUCUUUGUGCUCCACCUCAGCUUCAUCCCGGGCCACCCUACUGGGACGACGAGCUGGAGAGCAGGUAGUAAGGGUUUGAUGGCCAUGGGAUAAGUUGGUGAAGCCGCUCCAAGAUACAAUGAUGUUCAUAAUUCAUAUUCUCUACCCUCGGUCAGUUUGUUUGUUGCUCCAUGAUAUGAGGAUAAAUUAGCUACAGCUAACAACCUUCAGUUAAUGAACCUGAAUGCAAAAUAUUUACAAAUAUUUAUAGCAUUAGCUUUAAAGAAACAGGUAAGAUCCAUGGUAUAUUAAAAGGAAAGAUUUAGCUUUAUGGUACUUUUGCAAAUUGUUAGUUGACAUUUAUGGAUCAACUUUUGACGUGCAAAUAAUUCACAUUUAUACUCACUUAUUGUUUGUUUACUGUAUUCCUUUCUCCUUCAAAAGUACUACAAUGAAUAACCUUAAUAACAAUCUCAAAAAACGAGACUAAAACAAUUUGCUUGCUGAACUUUAGAUCAGAAAACUCAAUGUACAGUUUUCGUAUAGUUUGCAUUUUCACUAUAGUUUAUCAGGUCCAUUUGUGCAGGAACCAAAACGGAGAGGCAGAUCCUAAUGGCUCAGUAUAGGGGUUCCAUUCAGUUGGGGCACCAUGGUCAUUGCUUACAAGGAAAGCAAGUUCAAAAGGCAUAAUCUGAAGCCAAUACAAGUGAACUUUGUUGAGAAAUAUGCAACAUUACCUACAAACAUUCUGAAAUUGAUUUAUCCUUCAAUAAGGGAGCAUAACACUUUUCCCUUUUCCUGGAUGAAAUAAAAAUAUGUUAUUUAUAAGUGACUAGGUGGCAUUCUGUGUGAAUUCAUGUCACUGUGAUAACCUAGUAGGUGUUACAUAUGUUGAUAUGUUAUCUGUAGGAUUGAGAGGAUUUGUGGAGGCCUAAACUUGCUGGGAAGAUUUCAAUGAUUGAUUCUCCCAGAGAGGUCAUUGGUGCAGCCUUGAAGCAUCUAGGAUCAUCAUAUAACACAAUGGACAUAGAAGCAGAAGUCAGUGGCAGUAAGGAAGCAAUGUUAAAAAGCUUUACACAACUAUAAAAGUACAUAUACGCCAAAUUAAUCAUGUAAUCUCUGACAAGCGACAAUCCAAAUAUUCUGAACAAUAGAUGAAUGUGAUAGAUGCUAAAUGCUCACAAAAGCCAAAUUAUGUUCACUAUAGUUAUCAAGAUUAUUUUUGCUUAUAUAUCCUAAUUAAGUACUUGUUAUCAAAAUAGAUGUUUCUGGUGGAAUUUUUACCUGAAUGGUGUAAAAAUAUGUGAUCCAUUAGUAAGUUCAAACAAUCAGGCUGAGCUGGAUAGCUAGCCCAUUGUCUUGUUUAAUUGGGAAUGUAUGGUGCUUGAUGAAUCCCACUUAUUUGAACCGUUGAGUUUGGAGAAUCUAAUAGUUUGUUUUGUUCCAGUUGGUAUAUAUGAUGAAUUCAAAUCUAUACGACCUCAGCCAUGUGAUUCAGAGGAUGAAACAUUACAUUUCAU